AGAAAGAGAAUACAUUGAUUGGAGAUUGCAUCUUCUCGGCAGUCUUUGUUACUUCAUUCAGUUUUAUCUCGGGACCACGGCUAUCUUACUGAAGUUACUGCAGUGACUCAACCGGCGUGCAGUCUUGCUUUUGCUGGCUGGGCAUUAUUCCCAUUCGGCUAGCUAGCUGAAGGAGCUAGGUUAGCUGGCUAGCUAGUUAGCUAGCUAACUACUGCUUGAAUAUAAACAAUCGCUUUUCCAAACUGCUUUCAAACCAAUAGGAAUAUUGUCAUCCUUUGGACUUAAGCUACACUUUUACUUGGCAUCUGAUCAGUCAUGGAGAACGAUGCUUGUGUUGAACAGAAGAAUAGUGAUGCUGCUAUUGACCAAGUGAAGGAACCAGCAGCAGCCACAGCUCCUUACAGAUACACCAAAGAAGAGCUUCUGGAAAUAAAAGAACUGCCAUGCUCCAACGAAAGACCAGAAUGUCUCUCUGUAAAGUAUGAUAGUGAUGGUGUCUGGGACCCUGAGAAGUGGCAUGCCUCACUGUAUCCCACCUCAGGACGCAACUCUCCGUUGGACGGUUUCAAGAAGGACUAUCUAGAUGAUAGAGUCCCUUUGAAACGUAGAAUUACAGAUCCUCGUGAGCGAUUAAAGGAGGAUGACAUGGAUGUCGUAUUGAGCCCACAGCGGCGCAGCUUCGGCGGGGGAUGUCAAGGCAAUGCUUUGCCUCCACCCCACACCCGUCGCCCCAUUAGCCCCUUGGAGAAUAAAGAGAACGAGAGCCUUCGUCUGGGAGGGGCACGCAGAAUUGGCAGUGGCCGCAUCUUUCCUGCCAGAGCCUUUGAGCGAGAAAGCAGAGCAGAAAAAGAGAGGGAGCGUGAAAGAGAUUUCAAAGAUAAAAGAUUCAGGAGAGAUUUUGGUGACAAACGUGUGUUUAGUGAGAGAAGAAGGAAUGAUUCCUAUGCAGAGGAAGAACCAGAGUGGUUCUCCGGGGGUCCCACGAGCCAGUCAGAGACUAUCGAGCUCAUCGGAUUUGAUGACAAGAUCCUGGAAGAUGAUAAGCGAAAGUCUAAGCGGCUGAGGAAGCGGACGGAAUUCGUGAAAGAAGCAGUGGAUUGUAAUGGUGGUCAGGCUGAGGAGCCACAUGUGGCCAGAGACUCAACAGCGGAUCAAGAGGUUCCACAUUCCGAAGUUCUCCCAGAGCAGUCAGGAGGAGAUUUUGAUUUUAACGAGUUCUUCAAUCUGGAGAAGACUAUGCCAGGACUGGCUUCGAUGAUAGAGGAUGUUUUGGGGGAAGGCCCGGUAUCAGCCAGCCGCUUCAGUCAGUGGUUCUCAAGUAACCUUAGUCCUUCGGGCAGCCAUUCCAGCAGCCUGAGGUCGACUCCGCACGAAGAGCUGGAAAGACUAGCAGGUAAAAUCAGACUAGAACCACGCUGCACCUCUCCUAGCCAAGGUCCCGCUCCAUACUUUACACCCAUCCAAUCAUCUGAGUGCAAGGAGAAGGAUAAAGUGGACAUUCUUGACCUAUUGCACAAGGCCAAAAUAGACCUAAAGCCCCUCCUUUCCAGUCUGUCGGUCAACAAAGCAAAGCUACGUGAGAGCUCUAACUCGGGAGUAGUCUUAUCUCUGGAGGAGGUGGAGGGAGGAAUGAAGGGAAUGACAUUGGAAUCUGAGCCACAGGUACUAAAGGUGACCCCUCCACAGAGAGGAGAUGGCACACCCUUCAUGGCCGAGCAUUUGGAGGAAGCUUUAACAGGUGGCUCCAGUAUGCGGCCACACUCGCGAGACGCUGACAUGUCUGCCUUUAAUAAGCUGGUCAGCAGCAUGAAGGCAAGUGGAACUUUGCCAACCCACCCCAAAGCCAACACCAACAAUCUGCAGCAGCCCUCAGACGCUGGUCUGGCAUCACUCACAGAAGGUCAAGUGCCCACUCAACAGCAGAAAAACAUAUUCCAGGAGCUGCUGGGAAGCCAGGGUCCCCCUCGCAGUCGCUCACCUACGUUACUUGACAGUCUGCUGGGCAACUCUGAUGCCCCUGUAUCCCCUGCUUCUCUACAUGGCCUUAUACGCAAAGGUCCCUCGCCCCCUCUUUUUCCACCAAGAGCACCUUCACCUGACUACUUUCAUGGACGUGUGCAACCUUCAGCAGGAUUUCCUGUGGGUCCUCAGCCCAUAAUGGCGGAGCAAUUUACAGACAUGCAUAGGUCCAUCAGCCCUGGAUCAUCUGCACAGCAGCAGUUAAGGGUUAACUGUUUGGCUGCAUUGUACUGUGUUCAGAUGAGGGCACUUUCUAUGGCAGUGGAUCAAGCCGAGCUGGAAGCCCUGGCAUUCCAGCAGGACCUCGCUCUACAUGCCCACCGCAUAUUCCAGUCAGGCUACAACAAACAACCUCAGGACAAGUCCUUCCGAAAUAGACAACCGCGUAUGAAUCGGUCCCCUGGCCCAGGCCCCCAUACUGCUGGAAGAAACUCCCCAGGCAAUGCAGUUACUAGCAUGCUGUCGCCAUCAUUUACCCCCACAUCUGUAAUCCGUAAAAUGUAUGAGACGAAAGAAAAAAGCAGAGAUGAAUUGGGUGGUCGUCCAGAAAGCAAGGACGAAGCUUCACGCUCCCAAGAGGAUAGCAGCUCUCCAAAUUCUUACCUGGAGACAGUGGAUGGGAGUGGUUCUCAGCCUGGUGGGGUAAAGGCCUGCUCCACUCCGUUGUCUUCACAGACCCUCCCUGGCAAGGACCAUGAGCGCCUCAGGCCCGGCUCGGCUGGACACCAUACCCCCACCUUAGUGUCUCCGGGGCCAGCCUCACCUUUCCCACGUCCCAUCUACCCGGUACCAAUGCUAUCUCAUGUACCCAUGGUGCGUGCCCCCCCUCCCCAGCUUCACCCCAGUGUGGUGCAACGAAUGCUGGCACAGGGAAUCCAACCCCAGCAGCUUGGACCAGCUCUGUUGCAAGCAGGUAUAUUUCCACCUCAUGUUGACCUUGCGCAGCUCCAAGGCUUGCCACCUGCCCUGCUUGGACAACCGCUAUACCCCCUAGGUGCAACAGGGCAUCCUAUUCUACCUCCCCGAGCCAGCACUCAGAUGCAGCUAGCAGUAAUGCAGCAACAACUCCAGCAACAGAGACCAAUACACCCAACAGUCCCAGGUCCUCAGUCACAGAGCCAUGGCCCGCACAGGACGAACAGCUCCCAGCGACAUGGAGGCAGUCCCCCUCUUGGCCUAGCAAAGUGGUUUGGCUCAGAUGUGCUAGAGCAGCCACUUCCCUCCAUGCCUGCGAAGGUUAUAAGUGUAGACGAACUGGAGUUCCGGCAGUGAGAAACUGAUACACCAUGCUAGAUAGCAAGAUAUUUUUGUUUGUUGUUCCAUCUCCACCUCCCCAUCACUGGAAAAAGAAUGUGAACUUUAAUUUGAAAGAUAGUACAGAGAUGUGAACAGUCUGACCAUGCUUUGUCGUCAACCUUGGAGUCACUGUUUUUGAUGAGGCUUUACCUGAGAAAAGGGAAGACGAGUUAUGGAGAUUUAUUUUUGCAGAAGAUUUUUUUUUUUCAGUAAGGAUGACGUAAAUAAUGUAUAGGCCCAAAUUGUACAGAUCAUGGGAAAGUUCUAAUUCUCCCUGUACAUAGUUAUGGUUUCUUUUUCUUGGAAUGGUGAAGGUUGAACUACUCUGCUUUUCCUUUUAAAACUGCCAGCAGCUAAGUAGAGCCACCAAGAGAUGGUAGCAUUCCUUCAUUUUUGGCCUAGUGUUACCUCCCUCUGAACUGCACUGAGGAAGGGGCUGCUGAAGGUUGAGUGCUUGAUAGCAGUGUGACACUGAGUGUUAACACAAGUCCAAUGUGGCGUAGUUGGUGGCUUCCACUUGUAGUGACGACUGGCUGGAGCAUUUCAGAAAGUUCCCAGGGGAAGCAGCGAGUGCUGGUUGUGCCUUUUUACUUUUUUUUUUUUUAAACUGUAUCCCCUCCCAUCCAGAUUUGUCACAGGGGGAGAAGUACUGCUAAAUCACAUCUUUUUUGGGGGGGGGUGGGAUUCAGUUUAUGCGU